UCUAUGGUUUCAUACAACAAAGAGUACAAAAAUGUCCUAUAAUUUGCAAUUAGCAGUGAAAUGCAGCCAGCAAACGUGACAGGCGUUGCCUUAAUUAUGAAUAAAGUUUAUGUUUAUAUUUAAGUAGUGUAUAUAUAUUGUUAAGUUUUGUAAUGAAAGAGCGCCGCGAACCAGCAGCAACAGCUGCCGCCGACACAGCAACUGCGGUAAUAACAACUGCCGGUUCCGAACCGUUGUCGGGCUUAGCUUCGGGCAGCGAUGUUACAGACGCAGCAGAUACUGCCUCAAAGGAGCGCAAGAGAUGCCAUACAGGUGGUCUGCAGCAUCAACGGCAGCACAAUUCAAAUGGACCACCGACAACCAGUGGCUGGCGCCAGAUGAACUGCUCGAAUUAUAAUGGCCAGCCCUGGCCGAAUGGACGCAGGAACCACACGUAUAAUAAUAAUAACAAUUUCAAUAAAAAUAAUUGGAAGAACUACGGACCGAAUCAAUAUUAUUCGCAAAAUAGUUCACGUGAUUCAUAUCGAAAUUAUACACAGGACAACACGAGCUGGAAUCAAACAUCAAAUUAUAGAGUAGACAACAAAAAGUGGACUAAAUCGUCGAGUCAGCCAUUUGAUAGACGAGAUUAUCGAAGGGACUCAUCAUACCGGGAAAGAACCGACUAUUAUAGAAGCUCCAGUACGAGUAGAUCUGAUGCUUUUGUGGGGGACAGUGCAUAUAGAAAAAGGGAGCAUCCAAAUAACUCAUAUCGUAAUGGCACUUCAGGUAGAACAAGGCCCAGCAAAGAGCCACAAAGUAGAGUAAGCGAAACACAGAACAAAGUCAGUGAAGCACAAGAACUCAGCUCAACGAGUCUAGAUAAUGCAAAUAAGGCUGACAAUACGAUUAUAAACUCUGAAGAAAAUGCUGUAGAAAAGCCAAUUGAGAGUGCUAAAGAACUAACUAGAGAACAGUCUGAAGUAAGAGGCCCAAGGUCAAAAUCGGUCGAUAACACGGAGCAAACCAAAACCCCAUCGAAAGUGCAAUCUGAAAACAGGGCUAAAGGAAUUAUAAUUACAUCACAAUCAAAAUCUACAGGAAACAGCAGAGCAGAAUCAAAAGGCAAGGAAGAAAUUACUAAAGAUAAAAUCGAAGAGAAGGAGGCAAACGCAGCUCCUAAAAAAAUAACUAAUACAACUAGCAGCUAUUCUAAAUUGAGAUCGCUGAGAAAUAGUAUACCGAGUCCCUUGAGGCGCAACAAUGCGGCUAAGAAUCCCACGAGUCUAACCAAAUCGAUAGGAAACAAAUUAAAUAUUACAGAGACGAGUCAAAAGGAGGCGCAGUCUGAGGGUGUACGACCUGAGCAGCUAGAAGAAGGCAAAGCAGAUAGAACCGCGAAUAAGACAUAUCCUAAGAUACAAGUGCGACCACUGGCUGAGCUGCUCAAGCAGGAAAUAUUCGCGGUCACUCAGGAGCAGCUACUGGCUGCCGACAAAGGGGCGUUCAGUGGUAACGCCGCCAAGCCUGGCCAACGGCCAACGAUACAAAGGCGUCGUCAGACUAUCAGCAACAACAGUUACAAUGGCAACGGUGACUAUAGCAUCAAUGACCGUCUGGCCAAUAUGGACAAGGAGGGCCUGAAGAACAUAAUCAACAAUAGUGAUACGAUAUAUAACGAGCAUCUGAAGCUGCAAGCGCGGCGGCGUUUGCGCGAGGAGAUACGACGGCAGCUAAAGGAAAUUGAAUUGGAUCAACCAAAGGAUAAGCCAGCCAAGGAGCUGGUCGAAGACGAAAUCGUUGAGGCCAUCAAGCUGCCACAAUUUCUGCUGCAGGAGAUAGAAAAGUGUUUCGGAAUAGACAUAUCAGUGGCUAAAGAGAUAGAGACUAACGCGGUUAAAGCCGAACAGGUUGGUAAGGAGAGCGAAAUCACUAGUAAGGAGACAGCUCCAACUCAGGAGGAGAUCACAGACCUAACGGACAACAUGGCCAUGGGAAACUCCACGGACUUAAUGGAACGCCUAAAAGUGGCCGAGCAGUUCAGGAUGAUGACAACCAAAAACAAUAGAAAUAGAAAUAGCGAAAAGGCUAAAAGUCCAAGUUUGCUGAGCAGAACAGCUAAAACUCCAGAUAGUAUACAAAAAUCCAAUGCGCAAAGAAAAAGAACGGAGAGCUUGGACCCUAAGCAAGGCCAAACACAAGCGCAGAAAGCGUUAUCAGCAGUGGAGGCAAUUAAAAGGGAAAUUCAAACGGAAUCUAGGAGCUUGCAGGAAAACUGCAACGUUAUUGUUGUGGUCAGCUCGUCCGAGGAUGAGGAUGAAGAUGUUGCUGCUGAGCAGCGGUCGCAGCAAAAGAAUAAACAGCCCACUGUAGCUGACUUAAGUGACGGUGACAGCGAUCACUCGAACUCGUCCAGCUGCAGCAGGGACUCCACCAAGCGUCGCUAUCAACAGAAACUGGAGAGCGAUGCCAACAACAUUGUGGACAGCUUUGAUAAACUAAUAUUGCCGCAGCUGAAGGAAUCGUUGGUGGAACGCUAUCGCAGCAGCCACUGUGCCAACCUGCAGAGUCGGCUGCACUUCAUCUCCUGCGUGGUGACCAGCAGCGAGCACAAUCCUCGGAGCUUCAGCAAAAUCGAAGUAGCCAAGAUACAGCAGAAUCUGAAGUCGAACGACUAUCGCCAGGCCAUUGAGUUCCUGUUGCGUGAAAUCGUGAAUGUUGUCAACCUGCAGAAGCAGACAGCAACGGCGCGUCGCAGACAACAUUUGGAGAAGGAGCAGCAGAUGCCUAAUGAGCUUAUCAGCACUUCAUCCGCUUCGGAUAUGAAGGUAUCGAAAAAUGCUGAGCCCGCGUCUGAAUCACAUCAAAGUGAUGCUGCUGAGCCGGCAGCCGCAACAACAGCGCAGGCUCUAAUGCCGCCCACACCGCCACGGAAUGGCACGCCCACGCCCGCAACACGUCCGCUGCUCGCAUUGCCCAUGGGCCUGCCCUAUGUGGGCCUGGACUCGACUGUGUCGCGUCUAUCGCCCGGCAGCUUCUCGCCCAGCGAGCCGAUCAUGAUGAUGGGCGAUUCGGUGACGCACAGCCUCCUUGAGAUCGAUCGUCGUCUGCUGGAGAAUCAAAAUCGUCGUGGCUUUCUCGAGGAGAUGAUUAUGAAGUUUCAACGUGAGAAAUCUGAUUUGGAGAUGCUCAGCCUGGAGCUGCAGAGUCGCAAGUUUCUGCUGCUCAAUACGGUAAUUGCCAGGAAUCAAGCGACGACAUUGGCGCCUCUAACAACCGUCACACCCACGAACUCGCCACCAUUAACGAUGCCAACUGCCAACACAGCACCAGCAACAGUUGGCACAGCUUCAGCAACUCCUUUAAAUCCCGAAGUCAGCAAUCGUAAGCGUAAACGUCGUGCUGUCGUCGUCAAACGGGUCAAGAUCUUGCCUAAACGCAGGCGUCCGGCCAAAAGAUCUGCAGAGCCUGCGCCGAGUCAUGCAGCUGAUGAAGACGUUGCCCCAAAAGGGACAUCGCCAGCUCCCAGCAUUCCCCAGCCUAUCAUCGCUCCGGAGUUGCACAUCAAGGAAGAGCAAAUAGAGACGCCAGCGCCGUCUCGCGAAUCAGGCGAACUUCAGGACAAACGCGCCGAAAACUCAACUGCAAUUGGUAACAGCAGCAAACGCCAGCAUUUAACCAGAUCUGUGGCUGCCAACAUGGCACAGCAAACGAUGGCGAUUAUACCACCGCUGCCACCACCACCGCCGCCGCCGGAGCCAAUUGCCAACAUGACCUAUGAUCUGCCGCGCGUGCUGCUAAAACCGGCUCCGCCACUGCUGCCAUCUACCGAGACUCACAUGGCUGCGAAUUUGGAGAACUAUAACUAUGCCUUUAUACCAAUCGGACGACUGCAUAAUAUCAGCAGCCCCAUCACCCAGAUUCGCAUCUAUAAGGUGCACAUCAUUGCCGCCUCGGAGAAUGGCGAUGUCUUCAUGUUCAACAUUGGCAACCACAAGCUGGAGCGUCAAAUAACCAAGCACAGCGAGGCCAUUACGAACAUGUAUCUGUGUGAGCGGGAAUCCUUUUUAUACACCACGUCUCUGGACGGCUUCCUCAAGAAAUCCUCUCUCGAGAAUCUGGAGCGGGUAAUGCAGACAAUAUACCUGAAGGAGCCCCUGCAAUCAAUUGACAUCGAAUGGGGCAUUGCGUUCAUUGGCAGCCGCUGGGGCAAUAUUUUCACAUAUAAUAUAGCGGCCAACAAAGUGAUGGACAUGCCGCUGUUAUCAACUGGUCAGUCCAUCAUCGCCGUUAAGGCCGCCAAAGAAGGCGUUCGCAAAAUAAUUCUAUUGGGCUGCAAAGGAAACAUUGUGUUUCUGCACGAUGCAGCAACUGGUUUGCUUUUGCGUCGGCUUAGCAUGCCUGAGGGCCUCAAUGUUUACAGUUUACUUCUGAUCGAUGGCCAUGUCUUUUGUGGCACUCAAAAGAAUGAGGUGUACAAGUUCGACUUUGCCACUGGCGCGAUGACCAACGCGCUUAAGUGCGGCAAUGGGGCCGUUGCCAUGGCUUCAUAUGGAGACAGGUAUUUGCUUAUUGGCUGCUACGACGGCUUCAUCUAUGUGCUGAACAAAGAAACUGGCUUGCAAUUGGGUCGCUUCAAGGGCCCUGGACGUUUGGUUCUUGCUUUGGCCAUCGCCGGCGAUAAGGUGGUCACCUCGUCAAAGGACAACUCCUUGGAAAUUCUUGGAAUACCGUCAGAACUGUUGAAUUUGAAUCAAUCGACUUCAGAUUAAGG